AUGUCGCCGACUGACACAGCUAGCGAAACUGUGACGGGUCAGGAGGAUGCUGCUGUCAAGAAAACUGACGUCGUGUCAACUACGAAGACACGUGAGCCAAAGCUGCUUUUCGCUGUUGCGAAGAAUGUUGUGACUGCGUCAAAUGCUGCGCGGUUGAAGAAACAAUCUCCUGUUAAUGUCAAAAGCCCCAUGUCUGCAACGGGAGAAACCAAUGGGAGCAUGCGAACUGUGUUCGGAAUCAUUAAACGAGCUCAGACGAGUGAUUCACAGCCAUCGGAAGAGAAUCAACAGCAAUCGAGAAAUCGAGAGUCAAAAUCUGAACAGGAAUCCGCGUCAAUCGAGACUGAAGAUCGAACCAGAUCGGAGUCCGGAGACAAACCAGGACGGAGCUUCGUGGAUAAUGUGAGAGAAAUCCUGGAGAAACUGGUAACACAGUUGGAUAGCGUCGAUCCCCGCAAAUUGCUAGCAGUGCGGCUUGGCGGCGAGCUGCGAGGGUUACUAGGCAAGGCACAGGAUGAAUUCGCAGCAUACGAGAUGGAAUUCGUGGAGCAUGCAGCUAACGAAGGCGUUUCAGUAGCCUUGCAGAACUUUUCAGCUUCACUGACUCAAGUUUCUGCUAUUGCGGAGCGAUUGCGCACCGCGAAGUUCAUGCUGAAUCGAACAUUUAAGCGCGAGGUGACAUUUGCCUUUCAGGAGAUCAACUCGUACUACACGUCGCUCUUCAUGGAGCUAUCCAUGGCAGUAGCUCGACGAUCAGGAAUUGAUUUACCACUCCAACCACCCACAACUCCAGAACCAGAGGAAGCAGCCGCUCCAUCAGGGGACGAGGUUUGCUUGGAAGCUCAUCAAUAUUUCUUUGGACACGGAGUCGCCAAAGAUCUGCGUAAAGCUUUCGAACUCUACACGCAAGCUGCUAAUCUCGGUUGUGCAGUGGCAAUGACGUGCUUGGGUCAAAUGUAUUUUGCUGGGAACGGAACGGAGAAAGACUUGCUAGUCGCUGAAAAAUGGUUUGAACUUGCAUCGUCAGCGGGUGAUACUGAAGCAUGUCAUCAAUUGGGUCUCUUGAUGUGCGAGAAAGCAGCGCAUUUGAAAGACCUAAAGCAAUCGGACAAGUUCUUCUCCCUCGCUCGGGUUCGUUUUAGCCAGGCAGCGGGGCAAGGUCAUCGCGAUGCCCAAUACGAGCUAGGUGUUUUCCACGAGACCGGAAAAGGUGGAUGUGAGCCAAACGAAAGCGGAGCGGUCACGUGGUACAUGAAAGCUGCCGACCAGGAUCAUACAGGGGCCGAGUCCAGCCUCGGGCGUCUUUUUCUUGUUGGCACGCAGCUUCAGCAGGAUAUUGUUAAAGCCGUUCAUUUCCUGCACCGUGCAGCUGCCAAGAGCGAUUCCAGUGCCCAAACACGGUUAGGCUUGCUGUACACGACAGGAAAUGGAGUAAAGCAAGAUGUGGAGCGCGGAAUGGCAUUUCUGCAGAGCGCUGCAGACGCUGGUAGUAGCGUGGCCAUGACGCGACUUGCAAGUUUAUUUCUAGCCCAAGUGCCACAAGAAAACGGAGCAAUGACAUCAUCAAAUACGCCGUCUUUAUCUGCGCAAUUUCGAGACCGCGAGGAGUCUCACGACGAAGCGCUCCGUUUACUCUUGAGCGCUGGCCAUGGGGGACAUACUGAUGCGUACUACGCACUUGGAAAAAUGCUCGAGGCAUCAUCGCUACUUCGAGAUCAAUCUGCUGCCCUUCGCUUCUACUCAAAAGCUGCCACAGCAGCAACACCCCACACGAAAGCCGCAAAGCGUGUAGCCACGAUGUACUACUCGGCUAUAGGCUGCAAAGCUGAUAAAUGGAAGGCACAUCGAUUCUACACGAUCGCUGCAAACGCCGGCGAUGCAGAAGCCUUGAACGCCCUGGGUACGGUUCCAGUUCUAGCACACAUUCCACUAUUGACGCGCAAUUCUGACGUGUUACGAGCAGGUCUCAUGUACGAAGAAGGUGACGGCUGUGACUUGAAUUUUCGGAAAGCUGCCGAGUGCUAUCGUACCGCUGCAGAUCUGAAUAGCCCGCACGCCCACUUCAACCUGGGAUGCCUUCUAUCAUAUGGAAAAGGCGUCGCACGCAAUGUAGAUGCAGCACAAGCCCAUUUUCAAAAGGCCGUGGAGCUUGGCUACUCGCUGGCACAGCAGUUUGUAAUUGACGAAACCCAGUGAAGGCUGGCUUGGAUCAUCCUUAUUUAUGCCCUCGUAGUGUGUGCAUGUUGCUGCUAAAAUGACACGGAAAGGAAAAGAAGCCACACGCAUUUAUUAUCGAAGUAAUAUGCAAGGG